AGGCACUCAUUGAACAACAAAACUUUACACUUCUUCAAGUAAGUUGUAGCCCCCAACAUUGACACCAACAGCAAGUUGUAUCGACUUUUUCGUAGUAUAGAAACCCUUGACAGCCCGACUUCUUGCACCCACAUUCAACUUUCUCCUCGCAACGACAUAGAGCACAAAAAUGUCGGGUCCCGGCGAGCGUUUCGACGGCCUGUUCAUGAACGUGGCCCAGCAGGCAGGCUCUAUCGAUAACAUUUUCGAUGCGUUUUUUGGGUUCCUCGCCCGGAAAACCGACUUCUACACGGGGGCCAAGGACAAGGAGACCUGCCUGAAAUUUGUCGAAUCGGCGUUCAGCAAGCAUUACGACCCGGCAGUUGAGGCGCACCGGAAGAAGCUGGAAAAGUCCCGGAAGCAGGACGAAGAGAGGAAACGCAAACUGGCGGAGCAGCAGCGGAAGGACAAACUGGAAUACGAGGAAAAGCAGAAGAAAAUGGCGAAACAGCAGGAGGAGGACAGCGACAUGAAAAUCGAAGAAGUUCCCAUGGACACCCCGGUGGGGGUUGUGAAAGAAAAGGAGACCCUCCUUCCGGCGGAAGACGCGGCCGCGAAGGAUUGCGGGAAAUCCGACUCAACAAACGCUGGGAGUCCGAAUUUGGGGGACGAUAAGAAGAACGAGGAAGAGGCAGAAGCGGAGAACGACAACGCGCCGCCACCCUUGGGCAACGGCGGGAGCACGGAAAAGUACACCUGGACGCAAACUUUAGGAACGGCGGACAUGCACAUUCCGGUCCGACCAGGGGUGAAGUCGAAAGAAUUAACCGUGGUGAUCAAACAGGUACGGACGUCUGGCAUUUUUUUCAAGAGACUUUUUGUUUUUGAGACGCCGGCAGGACACACUACGUGCUUCUGCUUCACAAUUCUCAUGGCAAGAAACUCUUUCCGGUCAAGAAUCGUUGAUGCUGGUUUUUGUACCACAAGGGAAUCAAUCUUUAUCUCAAUGCAUUGCUCCAGAUUGAUGAUCUCAUUCCAAAACAGGACAAGCUGAAAGUCGGGUACAAAAACGGAGAGACGCUUAUCGACGGCUUGCUCUACGGGAAAGUAAAAACAGAAGAUUGCACGUGGUUGUUAGUCGAUGGCAAAACCGUCCACAUUUCGUUCGAGAAAGUUGAUCAAAUGAAGUGGUGGGGAACCAUGAUACAAGGUACAGUCCGCUGAGUGCAUUCUUAUGCGUUUAUGGUAUGCGUCUGUCUCAUUUCAACAUCUUGUGCUUUAUGUAUGAAGACGCAUGAGCGGCCGCAUGACAGGCCGAUGCCGCAGCGUGGUGAAGAGUCAAGUUCCUUAGGUUUCUUGUCCUGGAAGCUCUUCCGCAUCUUCACGUUGAGCAUUCCCAGUGCGAAUUGUAGUUCAUAUGGCUCUAAAUCUAUCAGGUGACGCCGAGAUCGACACGAAGAAGAUCGUCCCGGAGAAUUCCAAACUUUCCGACCUCGACGGCGAAACGAGACAAACCGUGGAAAAGAUGAUGUUCGACCAGCGACAAAAACAGAUGGGCUUGCCCACCAGCGACCAGCAGAUAUCACAUGGAAAAAUCCCCCCUCCCCAUAUCGAAAGGAAGUUUCUGAUGCUGGAUUUGCGUAUAGGAAUCAGGUUUGUCUUGCAGUAGAGGACUGCAGGCUCCUGCCAAGCCUGAGUAGCGAGCUUUUGGCCUAGGCGCUUAGCAUGAGAAACGACUAUGCUGUAGGCCCAACAGCAUUACAAACCGCCUGCACAAUGCGGCAGAGCCUGUGGAAUUGUCUUCUUGCAAGACAGACGUGAUUUGUGGUCUCAAAUCAGCAAGAAAAACAUACCUUUUCGAUAUGGGGAGGGGGGAUUUUUCCUCUCAAUAGCAGAAGCAGCACGACUUACUGGAAAAGUUCAAGCACGCGCACCCAGAAAUGGACUUCUCCAAGUGCAAAGUGAACUACGGCGGGGACAGCGGCAUGGGCGGCGGCUUCAACUUUGGACAAUGAAAAAGUCGUACGUACUAGUGUAGGGGUCAAUGAUCCUUCUGCCAAUGUUGAAACGACUUGCUGCCCGUGAGCAUGCGGCGUUCUGUCGCCGAAUCGAAGAAUCCAACCACCUUGGUGGAAUCUUCACAAAAACCUGAAAAUUGUCAGUUUAUGUGGCGAAGGCAGUAAAGGUCGUGUUUGACAACACUUCUGGUUUUAAACGACUGUGCUAUAAUCAUAUCCCUUCGUAAAAGCGAGACAAAAAGCGAAAUUUCGACACCGCACUGCUUCAGCAAGCACCAAUCAGUG